AUGGAAAUUGAUUAUUUUGAUAGUGCUAAACUUUACCAAUUUUUAAGUAGCAUGACUAAAAAAGUCCGUAGAAGCAUUUAUAUCUAUGAUGAGAAUGAAGAAAAUAGGCAUCCCAAACAACCCGAAUACCGCGAAUUUAUUGAUAACAAAUUAAAUGGCAAAGAAAUCAGUGAACUCUUUUUUGAUAAUCGAAUACUCACUACUCCCCCUCGGAAGCAGACUUUGCUGGAAAUGUAUCAAGCAUCACAUGAAGCAUAUAAAUUAAUAAGUUUGGAUCUCCGCAACGAAGAAAAAUUAUUAAGAGAUGCCCUUUUAGAAAAAGAUGCCUUAGCACUAGAAGUACAAAAUUUAUCCGAUACUAAACUUACUUACUUUUUAGAACUACGUAUUACUCGGCGAAAGUUUAAUGAAUUAGAAAAUACUGCCGAAUUAUUUUAUCUUACUAAAAAACAAAAACUUUAUGAUGCUGAAAUUGAAAGACUACAAGCAAGGAUUAGUGAACUAGAACGACAAUUAGCCCAAGAAUAUGAAGGGAUUAACUUAUUAGCCAAAAAAGAUAAGAAAAUUGAAAAAUUAAAGCAGAGGUUAAAUAAUAAGUCCAAAAAAAUAGCAAGAAUUCACCAAUACUAUCAGAACCAAAAACAAAAGCUUUCACAAAAGCUUUUAAAUCAGAUCCAAAGAUUAGCAGGAAAGGUUACUUAUUAUGAAGAGCAAGAUAAUAAUUUACGCUCUACUAUCCUUGAAUUACAAACUCAAAUAAAAAAUCAUCGUUGCCCUCCUUCGGUUAUUAAUCAAGUUAAUUGCUCUCAUUCAGAUUAUCAGCAAAUUAAGCAAGACAAAGAUAAUUAUUAUCAGCAAUUAAUAGAAAAGGAGCGAAUAAUUGCCCAACAAAAACAAAGGAUUACUGAGUUAGAAAACCCCCCCCCAGUAGUAUUAAGUGAAGAAAUAAAACAGUCCAAUAUCCGCUCUCUAAAAGAAAUAUUAAAUAUCCCUUUACCGACUGCUACUGAAAGUUUAAUUAAUACUAGUGCCAAUUAUGGAACUAUUGUCCAAAUUAGAGAAAAGUUGAUUAAGGAGAAAUUAAAGACUGGUCAACAAGAAAUACAAUCUCUAAGUGAACAAAAAAAAACAUUACAAAAUUGA